CAGAGAGAGUUCGCGGCCUUCUCAGGUAUUUGCUUUGGGGAAUGCCAAGAAGUAUUGAAGAGCGCCGUGAUAUUGUGCUAGUAAAAACUAGAUUAUCUUUCAUCGCCCAUCGUAUUGCAUAACACGCACGGGAUUCGACAAUACUCCGUCAUCGGCGAAUGCGCAAGCUGAAAGCAGAAGUGGUGGCGGCACCAGAGGUGGAUAUGGUCAUGGUGGUGAUGAUCAAAGAACAUCACGAUUAUCGAUCGCUUGCAAGUUUUUCAGAGGCCUGGGAGCUCUUACACAGGGAGCGGAUAUCUCGGCAACAUUUCGUCUCCGCAACUGCAGCGUCCCACACCCCCAAUGAGGUUUCUGUUGCCAGCCACACCUGGUGUUUAAUUGAAUCAGUGCGCCUUAGAGUCUGCGUCCGUGGCGAGGGCCCCAUACACAUCGACACUGAUAAUUCUGAGUUAAUACUGGACGGCCUUGCGCCAGCCAUUCGAGCGGCGGCUUAUGAUCGUUAUGCCGCAUGGUACUCUAAACACCACCCUAAACACCACCAACCUCACACUGCGGCCGCGACAGGCCCCGCAACAGGCGUGCCCGCACAUCGCACCACCGUUAUUGACCCGCCAGCAGUUGCCUUGCAGACGCGUGGGCGCGUGCAGGCCAGCCAGGCCGCUGCGGCAGGUCCAGCAUUCCGCACCUGGCACCACACGGGGGCCACCUAGUGCGGAGGUGGGGCUUCUGGGUUGCAAUGUGGUGGCCGAGGGCCCUCAGCAGCAAUUGAUGUCUAGUCAAAGUCGAACUGCAGACCUGAUUCUGUUUUACAUCAGACUCCAUAUAUUUUUUACAAAUUCUUAUACUUAGUAAAAUUCACCUGCGUGCGUCUCGCGUGCCAUCUACAUACUUCACUCGCGCGCAGGCGAACAUCCAUUACUAUAGCACAAAAAGCUGACUGGGAAGCCCGUGCACCCCAACGAAGUUGAUCAUGAUGGCGAGGAUGAUGUGCAUGCUAGGUGGAGUUAGAUAUCGUUGAUGUUUUGACUCUUGAGAAGGAGAGGGAAAAAUCUUACACCCAGGUUGAAGGUUUCGGCCCACUUCAACAUUUAGCCUGACCCCACGUCACUUACACGAAGCUGCAGCUUAUCAGUUCCGUGAAUUUGAGAAUCGGAGAUAUGCAAGUUAGACUUCGC